AUGGAAGACUCUCCAAUCAAAGAGCUAAAUGAAGUGGAGGGACUUCAUGAAAAGACUGGUGUAUUUACAGCUGUUAAGGUGAUGAAUGCUCGUAAGACCCCUUUACCUGAAGUAGGAAGACAAGUGAGAGUAAAUAAAUAUCAGAAGUCUGUUGGAUGGAGAUACAGUGUGAGUAAUGAAAAUCCUCAUUACCCUCCAACACUGUGUAACCUUCGGCCCUUGGAAGCCCUCUUCAUUAUUUUGUGGGAGUCUGCUCCUAAAGUCAAAUCCAGUGGAUGGUCCUGGAAGUUUCACAGUUUCAUGAAAAAGUGUAUAACAAAAAAUUUCUUAUUUUGUCCAACUUCUGCAAAUAUGCUUAAUCACCCAUUUGUUCAGAAUAUAAAAAAUGAGGGACAUGUUGUUGAGUCACUAAAGAAGUGUCUUACUGGAAUCAUUAAUAAAAGGCAGAAAAAAGGAAUACCUCUGAUCUUUGAAAGAGAAGCUAUUAAGGAGCAGUACACCAUGAGAAGAUUCAGAGGAACUAGUUGUACUCAUGAGCUUCUGAGACUCCCAACCAGCAAUAGAUGCAGACCACUUAGAGCACUGCAUGGAGAGCCCUCUCAGCCAAUGUGGUUACCUGAUCAAGAAGAGCCAUGGGUCCAAGCAUUAGAGCAUCUACAGGGAGCAACCAUAAUGUUCAAGCCACUACAGGGUCAGGACAAUGUACUUAGGUCCCUGGAGGGGCAAGCCCAGGAAAACCAGCAACUACAAGGGGCAGCUCAAUUGUUCAUGCCACUACAAGCUAAGGUUAAGGCUAAACCAUCUAGGCCCCUACAGAGGAAGAUUAAAGCACCUCCAUGACUACAGAGGGCAGCCUGGAUGCUCAUGCCACUACAUGCUCAGGUUAAAGCAUCUAGGCCUCUACAACUACAGGUCCAGGUACCCAAAGAACAGCAAGGUCAGGCCCAUCCUCAAGCACUAGAAGAACCCCAGGAUCUGGACCAGGUACCAGAGGAAUUUCAAAGGGAAGAUCAGCUACAUGAACAACAACAAAGGAAAGGCCAAACUCAUGAACAACAGCAGAGGCAGAACCAGGUGACCAAACAUCCAGAAGUACAGGAACAGGCCACUGAGCCCACACAGGCAAAGACUGCAGCAGAGGAACCAGACUCAUUACGAGUACAUGCCCAGCUACUCUUGCCUCUACUGUCACAGAACCACCACGUGCUGUUGCAAUUACAUUUGGAUACUCGGGUUCUCAUUCCAUUAAAGGGGCAAACCAAAGAGUCACUUCCAGCACAGGUGUGGGCACUAGAACCCCCACAGGCAUUUGGCUCAGUUCAAGUACUGAUAGAGGGACUAUCAAGAAACUUACUUCAAGCACCAAACUCACAUAACCCCAAGCCACUUGGUCCACUGCAAACCCUGUUGGAAAAUCUGCCAUCAAACAUGUUUUCCUCUCAACCAGAACAGGCACAAAAUAAAAAAUCAAAGGUUUCUAGUCUAAGGCAGGCAUUGGCAAAAAGAUUAUCAUCAAAGAGGUUCUUGGCAAAAUUAUCACAGAGACCUGCAGAGUUUGAGCUCUCAUAUUUAGAAGCCUACAGGCAAAGGUGCCAACACAAGUGGGAGGAUAUCUUUAAUCAACAUGAGGAAGAAUUGAGACAAGUUGCAAGUGACAAAGAAGAUGAAUCAUCAGAAAAUGAUGAAGUAUUUAAUUUGAUUCAGGCUGAAAUCCAAAUAGAACCAUUUGUCCAACCAUAUCUCCCAAAUCCUAAAGGAAAUGAGGGUAAAAAGGUACCUGAUGUUCUUCAGUGGUCUUUUUUGGAACAAGAUGAGAAGCCCCUUGACACCAGACAAAGGAGUUUGCAAAAUCCUCAAAAUUGCCCAGCAGCAUCAGAAUCUUCCAAGGAAGAAAGUCCAGUAAUUGGGACAAGAUACUAAUCAUCGCCUCCUAAUUCUACAAUUGAUCAGAAGUUGCUGGUUGAUGUCCAUAUUCCAGAUGGCUUUAAAGUAGGAAAAAUAUCCCCCAUUUACAUGGCAAAUGUAUGGAUAGGCUAUAAUGCACUCUCUGAAAUCUUCUGGAAUGAUUGGUUGACUCCUGCACCUUUCAUUCAGCCACCUGAAGAAGAUGAUGAGUGUGUUGAACUCUGUGAUGCUGGUACUGAUACUGAUGGUGAUGAUUAUGAUUCAAAUGAUAUAUUUGAAGAUACCUAUGACCAUGGCAAUGGCAGUGAUGCUGUAGAUAACAGGGUUGGGCAGACUAACGAUGUUAGUGAAAACCAUGGUGAUGGUAAUAAUGAUGAGGUUGUUGAUGACAAAGAUAAUAAUCAUGAUCGUACUUUUAAUUGGCAAAGCUAUGGUAGCAAUGGAAACUGGAAGAACAGUGGUAGAGAUGGAGGUGAUUGAAAAGAAGAAACUUGCAGCACCUAUGGAUGCCAGAGAACUAGUAGAAACCAUGUAGAAUUUGCAGCAAGUGAGAACAAUGCAGCUUUUUGAGAUCAUAAAGGAGAUAUAGCCAGUAUAGGAAGCAGGGGAAGGGGCAUGGAGGGUAAUAGAGGUAAAGGGGUCAAUGGAACCAGUGAAGAGAGUGAAGCUCUUGAACUCAAUAAAGGAGAAAAUUGCUCAAAGAAAGGUUUUCCAGGAUUGGAGAGAAUAGCAUUAUAAGACUUUGAAGAUCAAUGGGAGGAGUCAGUUGGUAGCAGUGAGGCCUCAAGCGCCAUUUCCUCAGAUGCUGCACCCACAGCACCUGAUGAUGAAAAUGACAAUACGGACAUAUUGAGAGCAUCAACAGAAUCAUGUUUUUCUGCCAGCCAGUCAUCAUCUUCCAACCUUUCUGGGAGGGCUGCAAAUGCUGAGUUUGCUAGUGCCAUCUUAUAUGCUGGGUUAGUGGAAGUAUCUGAGAAAUCACCUAAGAAACCAUCUGAAGUCCAUGUUAAGCCACUAUACGUCUCUCCUGCAUGUAAAAAAUCACUAAUCCACAUGUAUGAAAAGGAAUUCACUUCUGAGAUAUUCUGUGAUUCUUUGUGGGGAGUGAAUUUGCUGUUGGGAACCCAAUCUAAUCUGUAUCUAAUGGACAGAAAGGGAAAGGCAGAUAUUACAAAACUUAUAAAGCAAAGACCAUUCCACCAGAUUCAAGUUGUAGAACCACUCAAUUUGUUGAUUACCAUCUCUGGCCAUAAAAACACAUUUCAGAUAUAUCAUUUGACCUGGCUGAGGAAUAAGAUUUUGAAUGAUGAUCCAGAAAGUAAAAGAAAAGAGGAAAAACUAAAGACAGAGGGAGCCUGAAAAGCCAUUGAUAAGUUAGCAGGCUGUGAACACUUCACCCAACAUGCAGAAACAACAUAUAUCACGAUUGUUUUGAAAUCAUCAAUUCACCUUUAUGCAUGGGCACCAAAGACCUUUGGUGAAAGUAUUGCUAUUAAAGUGAUAUGUCCAACACUUGAUCAUAAACCAAUGACAGUUGACUUGGCUAUUGGUUCUGAAGAAAGACUAAAGGUUUUCUUCAGCUCAACAGAUGGAUAUCACAUCAUUGAUGCAUAAGCUGAGGUUAUGUCUGAUAUGAUCCUGCCAAAUAAUAAUAUCAUCAUUUUACCUCAUUCCUUGGGAGUUGGCAUGAUGCUCACCUUCAAUGUUGAAGCCCUUUCUAUGAAAGCAAAUGAACACCUCUUCAAGAACAUCCUUGAAGUGUGGAAAGACAUACCAUCUUCAUCAGCUUAUGCAUGUACACAGAGAACCACAGGAUGGGGUCAAAAGGCCAUUGAAGUCCACUCUUUGCAAUCAAGGCUCCUGGAAAAUGAAUUGAAGCACAGGUCAAUUAAGAAGCUGAGAUUUCUAUGUACUCGAGGUGACAAGCUGUUCUUUACUUCUAUCCUGCAUAAUUGCCACAGCCGGGUUUACUUUAUGACCCUUGGAAAAUUUGAAGAGCUACAAAGCAAUUAUGGUAUUUAAAAGGUUCCAAUUAUUUAUUACAACAUUUACAAAUAUCAUAAAUAUGCAAUUUGCAUCUUAAAAUUUAUGAGGUUAAAUGAGCAUGCAAUUGUAUUAUUAGGGAAAAUUAAAUCAGAUAGACACCUUUAAUGUACCACAGAAUAGUUCUAAUGAGAAAUGGAGCUUAAUGUAUAAAAUGAACUACAGCAAGCUCUAUGUACUCCAGUGGUGUACAAUGUCUUUUGCACAAACUUUGUAAUUUUUGUUACUGUGAGUUCAAACAUUUUUCUUUGGAUGGUUUAGACAGUAUCUGUGUUCAGAUUUUUAUAACACAGAGUAAAAAAAUCUGUAUUGAGUUAGAUUUCAGGCAACUUUGAAAAGAAUUGCCCCUGAAUGAGGUUUUUCAAAAAAAAAAAUGUAACAACAAGCCAUACAGUAAUUUUCAAAGUCAUAUAAAGGACUAAAGAUUAUAUUAUGAGAUGUAAAUAAUAAGGACUAUGAUAUAAACCAGACUAAAGGCUACAUGACUGGAGAAAACUACAGUGGUAAAGGGGGAAAAGCCACCAAUUUUCUCAUUGCUCCAUGACAGUUAAGCCCACAGUUAGAAACCGAAUGGAUUCUUUUCACCACAAGCUAAGCUGGUUUUCUCCCUAUAAGAAGAAAG